AUGGCAUGGUACGAAACCUAUAAAAUUGGUUGUGGAAUGAAAACGGAUUGUAUAGAUUCAACUUCGGAAUUAAAACACAUGUUAUUUGUCGUGUGUCAUUAUGAUCCACGAGGAAAUACACUCACAAAACCAAUAUAUGAAGUGGGAAAGCCAUGCUUGAAAUGUAGCCGAUAUCCGAAAUCAACAUGUGCCCAAAAUCUUUGUGCUGGUGGCGGACCAGCAGUUUAUUGCAAGGACUAUUAUAGCAAUUGCGAUAAAGAAUACUGUACCGAUAAAUAUGGUACGCAACACUUAGCGCAAAUGAAAGAACGUUGUAAUAAAACAUGUGGAUAUUGUACUGAUUAG